AUGGCGGAUCUUGGUGGAGGUCCACGGCGGUCCACGGGAGUGAAGAUGACGGAUCUUGGUGGAGGUCCACGGCGAUCUCCGACGACUGCUGUUGUGCUGGAGAGCUUGGACGGCGGCGGCGGACUCGACAGAACACGACGGCGGCUGGCUUUGCAGAUAACGGCCGCGGCGGACUCGACGAAACACAGCGACGACGAGCAUCGGCUGGUAACGGCGACAGAGGGCGGCGGAGCAUUACUGUCUCUACUUUCGAGUGUCUUCUUGGGUAGUUAUAGGCUUAUAGCGGCCCACAGGCGCAAGAUGAACCUUUUGGGGGAUAUGAUAUGA